UCGCUUCGCGACUCCCUCACAGCCGGGCCCCGCAAACCUCCGGCCGGCGGCGGCCCCGGGCGUGUCUGUGUGUCUGGCAGCUGCGGGCCGCGUCGCACGGCACUCCCAGCCCGGCGCCGGCCGGUCGGGAAGGUGUUGUUCCCCUGCCGCCUCCUUUGCAGUCCGGAGGUGUCUAGAUCGCUCCAUCGCUCACUGCGGCCUAAAAUCGUCUUCGGGGUGGUCUACUCUGGGUACAGUGAGGCAUUGCUGUGAUUCGGGAGCACUUCGUGACCAGGCAGCAGCUGGGGGUGAGCGGGUGUUCGCCGUGCUAGGGAGAGCCCUGCGUGGGCUAAGCAGGAGCGGAGAACAGUUGCAGGAUGUUGUCCUUGGCCCGUUUGUGCACCGUCUUUGGCGUUUUUUUGCUUAGGUUUCCUUACCGGUUGGUACAAUGUAGAAUGAGUGUGCAGCUGUGUAUGUCUCUUUCGAACGCAUAAUAAACCUAGUACUGCUGAGUGUGUGUGUGUGUGUGUGUGUGUGUGCACAGCUUAUGGUCAGGGUAAACAUUUUGGGGAAAUUCACACUAACUGAAACAUUUCAGUUGCAUAAAAAACUCUUUUCCAUUCAGUCUCUGAAUGUGAAAAUUACGUACAAAUUAUUGUCCAGCAUUUGAGAAGUAGGGGCGUGGUGAACUAGCAUACAUUCUUUUAUUUAAUCCCUGACUCGGUAAGUACAAUAGUGAGCAAAUGUGCAAAGAUUUGCAUGGUUAGUACUCUGCUGGAGCAGCACUCUUAAAACUAGGUGUUUUGUCUCUGACUUCCUGUAAAGCUGAUGCUUUCCAUUUGGUUGUCUUUUAUUUAUGCAGAUGACCAUGCUGAUCUGUCUUUUCAGACAGGUCUGAGAGAUAUCCUUCAGGACUCCAACAGGAAAAGACAGCUGAAAUCUGGUAGUACCUUGCCUGUCUCUCUGACUGAAAUGAAAAGCAACAUAUUCACUGUGAAGAGACCUUUCAGCACUUCACACUCGUCAGUGGAUUCAAAGGAAAUUAAAAAAUUCCAGCUCCUUGCACAUAAGUGGUGGGAUGAAGAAGGAGAAUAUGCGGCCCUUCAUUCUAUGAAUGAUAUUAGAGUGCCAUUUAUUAGAGAUACUCUGUUGAGCAUGAGUAGUAAUUAUCAUCUGGGAAAUCCACUUUCUGGAAUCAAGAUUCUUGAUGUGGGCUGUGGAGGAGGACUGCUGAGUGAGCCUUUAGGUAGACUGGGAGCUUCAGUUACUGGAAUUGAUCCUGUAGAGGACAGCAUUAGAACAGCAGAUCAGCACAAGUCAUUUGAUCCGGUCCUGGCCAAGAGAAUACAGUACAAGUCCAGUUCACUGGAGGAGAUUGUGGAAGAGUCUAUGGAAACCUUUGAUGUAAUUGUAGCUUCUGAAGUAGUGGAGCAUGUGGCUGACCUUGAAAUGUUUAUCAAGUGUUGCUCUCAGGUGUUAAAGCCUGAAGGUUCUUUAUUCAUUACGACAAUCAAUAAAACACAAUUGUCCUAUGUCCUGGGAAUUGUGGUUGCAGAAAAAAUAAUGGGGAUUGUACCAGAAGGAACACAUGAAUGGGAGAAGUUUGUUCCCCCUGAAGAGCUGGAGCGCCUCCUGGAAUCAAAUGGCUUUUCAGUCAGGAGCGUGAAGGGGAUGUUGUACAAUCCGCUCUCGGGCUCCUGGAGCUGGGUGCAGAGCACGAGCCUGAACUACGCGCUGCACGCAGUCAAGGCUGGGGCUCCGGCACAGUCGCACGCCACAGACACCCUGCCAGAGACAGACUCUCAACAGCGCUCGGCCACAGCUGGCACUGUCCCAGACAGCGCUGUCUGACUGUGUGGUGAUGGACUGUCACCAGAACAGAAAGUGAGCUUUUACUCAGAUGGACACAAUAAAACCUUUGCCAACAACAAGCUUCCUGUUUGCAUCAAUACUACAUGUGCUAUUUUUGGCCAAAUACUUAGGGCGGUCUCAAAAAAAUCAAGUGCCCACUAUCUCAGGAAUGUUUUAAGACUGAAAUGAGCAAAGCUUUUAAAGAAUAAGUAUUUUCAUGAGAAAAUAGUUUCAAAUUGUUGGACAGGGAAAUGCAAAUUAUUCUGUUGGUAUCUUGGAGGAAGCUUUAUUAUGUGGUAGUGUUUUCAGUCCUCCUGGGACUCAGUUCUCCAUAGAAUAAUGGUGUAGUUGUAGAGUGAGUUAAAAACCACAAUGCUGUACAAUAAAUAAAAUGCCUUAAGUAUUUAAGAUACUUAACUCUGUAAAAAUACAUGAAACAUUUAAGAUCUACGAAGACUUUUUUCUGUAAUACACCUUUCUCCCUGAACAGGGGAAACAAAAUAGCAAACCUUCACUGUUGAGUCCUGCUGUUUCUGCUCUUUUUGGAUCUGUGACAUGGAAGAAGAGUCUCUGAGACCAGAGUUCCUCAGCUGUGAAAGCCCCUUCACCAUAAAGAUACUUGUAUCUGUGCCUAUUUUUCAACUUUCUCCCUCUGCCCAAAUAAAGAGAAGCUGCAGGUAAAAUUUUACUAAGCAACCAGAGCUCCAUGCUAGAAGAAUGACAGAUUAGCAGUCUGUCCUAUAACUGAGGUGCCAUACCAAUUCUUAAUGUUCUAGAGCCCAGGUAAGGAAAAGUCAUUUACAAUGAAACAGAACUUUCUAAAUAAAGUGUCAUGUGUGUGUGUCUAUGACUGCAUCUCCUUCCUUCUUUCUCCUUUUUCUUUCAGCUUGUACACAGUUGGAAAGGUGUCUUGUUUUUGUUUGCAGGGAUGAAAAUGAAGCUUUUUUUUUCCUCUCUUAUUUUUCUCCCUAUUUUAGUUUGCAUUUCUCCUACUCUAGAGGUGUAGUGGGCUAAAUUAGUUUUUUACACAUUUGCAUUCUUCCUGCUUUGCCAUAUCUGCAAGUUGCCUUCACAUCCAAGUUUCCUGAUGGAUUCGAUGAUGCCCAGAAGAAUAUAGUUAAUUUAUAAUGGAAAUAAUAGUUAUUCAUAGCUAAUAAAGAUUAAGAAGUAGUA